UUGUGGUUCUUGCAAUUGUGCCUAGUGUAUGUUGUAUUGGUUACAACUUUCCAGCUUGGUUGUCUUGUCCAAAGCAACUACAUAAUAGUGACAUUUAAGUGAUAAACGGCAUUAUUCCCUCAUUGGUUAAACCCGGCCGUUAUUUUUCUUCUGCUUGCUUCUCACACUAAGAAGCGACCAAACAAUCUUGUACUUGGACGAUUCUAUAUGAUCUUGUAGACGGAGCGACGGGAAGCUAAGCCGCCUCCUACAACACCAAAGAAGCAAAAGCAGGAUUCUCAAUGAAAAGCAUUCUACACUUCUGGGGAUUUCGCAAAAUAGACACGGAUAAAUGGGAGUUCACAAAUGGAGGAUUUGUACGAGGGCAGAGGCAUCUACUGAAAACAAUACAAAGACGGAAAUCACACAAUCCACAGCAGCAGCUUGAGGGAUCAUCUAAUGCAUUGGAAGGUGACAUUAAAGAGUUGAGGAGAGAGAGAAGGUUGAUGACGGAGGAGGUGAUGGGAUUGCAGCACGAGCAGCGUUGUACGGUUCAGCACAUGGGAGUGGUGGAGGAGAAGCUCGAGGCAGCAGAGACGAGACACAAGCAGAUGAUCUCAUUCUUGGCUACAAUGCUCCACUCCCAGACCAUUCCUUCCUCCUCUAGAACCAUGAGAAGAUUCGUGAAACAUCAGCCCCAGCUCUGCAAUUCUGAUCCACCAUCACUAGAUGCACAGGAUUUGAUCCUUUAUACUGCAGACAAGGGUGACUCGGUAGCGAUGAAUCCUGCAGACCAGCGUCCCAUCUCUUCUCCGCAGAAUGUGGUGGUGGAGAAUGGUGUUCCUGGAUUCUUGACAGCAGAAGACGCGGGUUUGGAAGCUGGUCAUCCAUGGGAAGGUUAUGUUAGCGAUUACGACGCCCCGCAUUUAGGGGUCGGGGGUGAGUUUUUAGAUGUUUCGGAAAUAGGGUCGAUGCAGCUUCAAGGAAGUUCGGGCAUCAAGAAUUGGCUGGAUGAAGAAUCCCCUGUUAAUUAUAUAUACAUGGAUCCUAGUAUUAAAUAAUUAGUUGGCCGAUAUAAUCCUAACUUUUGUUUAUGUUAA